AUUCCUAACAGUAGUUAUUGUGUGUAACAGCAAAAAGUGAGCCAAUACUUGCAUAGUGUGACCAUAAACACAGGUUUAUACCAUAUUUGAUACAAUCAGUGAAAAUGAUGUUCACUGAAGUGGAUGUCUUCAUCUGCAACAAUACACUCAUUGAUCCCGAUAUAUACCAAUACUGGUUGGAUGGCAAUACAGCACAAGAAGCGGCACUUUUGGUGCGACAGAAAGAAAAAUCAGUGUUAGGUUUUGUUCACGAAGAUCUCAUAAUCAGCGAUAUUCUGGAUCAGUAUCGGACUUUCCAAUUGAUUGAGAAGUUGCUGCCGGUGCCAACCCAACUGUCCGAACAAUGGACUUUCCAGUUGACACCAACUACUCAACGAAUACUUAUCGAAAAGUAUUAUAAUUUUGACGAUCAGGUGAUUCGCGAGAUUUUAGGCAAAAAGUUGUCGGGACGUAAUCGCAAGGAUUUAGAUGAUGUCAGCGACAAGACUGGUGUCGGUAUUAAGAGUUGUCGGCGACAGUUUGAUAACGUUAAGAGAGUCUAUAAAACAGUUGAAGACAUGUCCGGCAAUCUGUCGCUUAACAUUCAGACCAACUUUCUUUUGCCCACAGAAUUAGCACAAAAAUAUGCAGCCGUUGUCUAUAUCGCCAACAAUCGCUUUGAGACAAACAAACGAAAACUACAGUAUUUACAGUUUACCGAUUUUCUUCACUGUUCUACCGAAAUGAUGACCAACUGGUCGUGUACUGACCCGGACUGCAAAUACGAGGAAACAUCGAUGGAUAUCGACCGCGAGUUUCUUCAGAAUUUGCGCGAAUUGCGUAUUCUUUUAGAACGAGAAGCCAUUGAUGAACACAAAACACUUGUAAUUAGAAUCUUAAAAAACAAAGUCUCCGAUCGUAAGCUCGCGGACAUCGACUCAAUGUUUAAAAGUUUAUCGCGAAAUGUCAUAAAUAUUGCUUAUGGUCUGAAUCACAGCAAAGAGAUACGAGACCUAUACUUAGACAUCGUCGAGAAGAUCAUAGAGCCGGCAAAGAGUAUUAAAUUAACACCAAAUGAUAUGAAUGCUCUUAUGGUUCUCUACAAAGAAAGUCCACAAUUUAUGGAACCCUACAAAACUAAUAAAGAGCUGCUAAGCGUUUGGGAAAGAUUUAUGAAUACAUUCAACAGUUGUGUAUUGAAAAUGUAUCGCUAAUAAUGAAUGACUAGUCAUAUCUAUAUUUGUGAUUAUUUUAAAUAAAUGUUUAUUUUGCGUAAAAAUCAAUAUUUA